AGUGUCAUUAUUGCAGAGUAAACCUAUUUUCCUCUGGAUAGAGUAAUUAUAACAAUGUACAGAGUAAAAUCGUCUAAAUAGUAGUGUCAAAAGUGAGAGUUAAGUCCAACAUGCACACAAUGACCAAAUCUACUCUACAUGGUGAUGAUUCCCCGCGGAAAAUCCUAGAACUGAACUGGAGCUCAAGCUGGCAGUGGCACGUUGGAAAUCGUCUCUUUCCCCACUAGCAGACCUGUCGUGCAGAAAAUGCUGCUGCGUGUCUCGUUUGGCGGAGUGCAGAAGUACAUCAAGCUGCCUGAACUAACGUUCGGUGAUUUCUUGAGAGAAGUGAGUCUAAAAUUUAACAUUGCUGAAGACAGACGGUUGGACAUCAAGGUUUAUGACCAGUCUAACACAGAGGUCGACUCUGAGGUUUUUGAGGAGAUCGUACAAGAGUUCCAUGGACCUUUCCUAAUUUCAUUGGCCAAUGAAGCACCUGGUAACCCUCAGUCCACAUCAUCUCCAUGCUCUAUUGCAUCUGAAGACACAGUGAUCCUCAACUUCUCGUUGUGUGACCCAGCUGAGGAGCCAGUUGCAGCCGAAGGAAGUCAACCUAAAAGGCCUUGCCGCAUUAACUAUGAAGCAAAAGCUCUGAUUGAAAAAAUCUUGACGACAAAGCCUGGAGGUGACCGUGUCAUGGAGGAGUAUGCGAAAACAAAAUCAAUUACAGAUUCAACCAGAAGACAGCUCAUCAACAUACUUACUGCAGAGAUGACGGAAACACAUGGGACAUCUCCGCCCCGGAGUGUAAAAGUGAUGUAUGCACAGGGGAUUGUCGCUCUGUUUCCAUACCUUGAAGACCCAUAUUCACAGAAUGGCUAUGAACAUUACUACGAUCCUGAAAGUGGUUCAGGCUACAUUGCAUGGCGGUUGAAGACAAUUCAACGAAAAGCUGCUGAGGAAAGAGGUCCUGCAGUUAGUCAAUCUCCUAAAGUUGGUGGGCCAGGCCAUGGGUGUACUAGACCCUUUACUGCCGACAGAGUCCUGACUGACGAGGAAGUGGAAUGCGCUAUCGCUUUGUUGAGACACACUGCUGAUGAGGAGACCAUCCGUGAAAAGAUGAAAGUCACUUUCGUAUACCGCCACGCCAUGGUCAAUGAUGAGCACAAAUCAGCAGAGGUCUUCUCAGUAUUUCCACGGUUCCUAGACACACCAGGACUGAUAGAACAAGAUUUUAGAGUGAUGUUUGGUGAGCAGACUGCCAACAAGUUCCUGGAGAGGUGGCCUACCACUUUCAAAGCAGGAGUCAUUAAGGAAAGCCAUGGACUGGUCCCCUCCACAGACCUUCUUGAUUUAAUGCGCAACGCUGAGACAUCUACUGAAGUUGAAAAAGGCUGGGACAGUGACAUGUCUGCCAUCAUACUGCUGCUACAUCUGCUACCACCAUCUGCACAGGGACGAAAGAGGCCAGGGAAGAUAUCAGCAUCUAAUGCAGUUGAUCACCUCAUCAAAUUCCAAAAGACGGGAACAAGCGUGCAGCAGCAUCAUAACAACAUCGCUCAAAGCAGUCAGCCCUACCUCCUUGCUCAGGGACCCAAAAAAAGCAGCAUUCACUCUUUCUUCAUUGCCAUCGACAAGCAUGCACUUCCAUGCCAAGCCACCAGCUCGGUUGGAGCCCUGGAUGAGCUCUUCAAGGCCCACUAUGUGUUUGGUACAUCUUACAGUCCUGUCUUGAACAACUUGUUCACUUUUCUGCAAACUACCAUUUACAACAUUGACGUGGGGAAAACUAAGGAAACGCCAAGAAUUGCAGAGUUGCGAGCGAGAAUGAUGCGUUAGGCACUCUUGAAAUUAAACAAUGAGGUGCUUUCUUUGCAGCAAUGUCUUUGGUGGCGCAAACAAUCUAGUAAAGCACCUCAAAGUAAUACAUGGACUCUGUACGGGAAGGACUCUUUAUCUUCAAUGUGGCCAAGUGGGAUGCUCACGUUUUUUUCAAUAGUUUUUCUGGUCUUAGGAAGCAUCUGAAUAAGUGUCAUGUGAAUAGUGCAUGUGAUGUUAUUGUUGAAACUGAACCACCACAUUGUCAAACUGUUCUUGAUAGUACUAAUGCAAAUCCCGCAGAAGAGACAUAUGAGGCUGAGGUUGAGUCAGAGCCAGCAUUAUCGUCAGAACACCUUGUAAAUAGUUGUGCCUCUGUCAUUUCAGAUCUAAAGGCAGCAGGUGUUGCCCAGUCUGUUGUUAAUUCUUUUGUGACCUCUAUGGAGGAUAUUGUGCAGGAAAUUCAUGAGCAUGCAAAAGAGCUUUGAAUUGGCUGUGAAUUUAAGUGCAGAGUCUAAUGAUUUGGGACUAAACGCAAUUCAGUCAUGGUGCUUACUGAGGAAUGUUCCCCUUAUAUUUGGAGAUUUGGUAGCCUCUACAAACCAACACUGGGCCCUGCUUAUUUUGUUAUUACAGAUAGUAAACCUUGUAUUCUCUCCCACGUUAUCUCAAGGCCUGUGUGUGUAUUUGAAACAUUUGAUUGUUGAACAUCAUAAACGGAGGUAUAUCCUCAGAAAAAACUUUUACCAAAACACCAUUUCCUAAUUCACUAUCCUCGCUGCAUUCAGAAAAUAGGACCUGUACUCCAUAGCUGGUGCAUGAGAUACGAAGGCAAACAUAAUUUUUUCAAGAAACAACUGAAGUCCUUUAAAAAUGUCACAAAAACAUUGGCCAAAAAGCACCAAAAUUAUAUGGCACACAAGUGGCGAUCCUCAACAACGUUUAUUCGCUUGGACAUUGGUCCAGGAAAAAGUGUGUCUUUAAAUAUGAUUAAUGGUGGUUCAGUGAUUGCUAUGCAAAUGAAAAUGUCCAAUUUUGAUAAGGUUAUUAAAGUGACGUGGGCUAAGCACAAUGGGUAUGCAUACCGCCAACACCUGGUCGUUUGUGGUGAAGUUCUAUGUGAAAUGCCUCUGUUUUACCAGAUUGAAUCAGUUGUGAUCAUACAGAACAAACCAGUGCUGCUCACCAUACCUUUAUUUACAGUAGCUUUCCAAGAACAUUUCUUUGCUUAUGAAGUGACUAGGACUAAGAAAGUUUUUGUUGCUUUUCAAGUUGAUGAUCUGCCUUAUCCAAGGCCUUUUGACAUACAAAUGUCAUGUGGAGAGAAUGACACUACUAUGUAUGUUGUCCCAUAUUGUUAUCU